AUGAAGAAAAAAAAAAGGAUAAAGGAGCUUGGACCAGAUCGACCAUACUUGCAAAUUCAUCAGCAGUCAAGUGAUCGCGGUCGCGCCUACACUCGGGGCUUUUCCAGCACUUCUUAUGGCAAACGGAGUUGGCUGGCUGGUUGUGAUGUAAGUCAUGCCUUUUAUUGUUUUCCAUGUUUGCUGUUUCAAAGUCCUGGCACCAAACGUUGUGGACAACAACAGGGCAUUGCUGAACAGCUAGAUGAAGGCUACAGGAUUGGCAUUAGAAGGCACAAUGAAGAGCUGGCUUUGCGUGGCCAUGACGAGAGCGAGACGUCAGACAAUCCCGGGAUAUUCCGUGGCCUGGUCGAUUUUGUUGCUUCUCUUGAUUUCGAGAAUGCCACGGUGUUUAAGGGAACUUCAAAAACCGUGCAGAACGAGCUGUUGGACUGUAUGUUGUCUGUUGUGAGGGAGCACAUUAUUCAAGAAGCACGGAGCAGCGAUUUUCUCUCAAUCCAGCCCGACGAGACCACCGAUAUUGCCACACAGUGUCAACUUGUGCUUGUGCUGCGCUACAUUGACGCCAAAAGCAACGUACAGGAGAGGUUUUUUGAGUUUAUUCCUCUGCAUUCAACUACAGCCGAUUCCAUCGCUACAGCACUAAAAGAGCGUCUUGCUGUCAUCCUUCCAGAGGAUCAGAAGAGAAAACUCAUCUCCCAAGCGUAUGAUGGAGCCAGCGUGAUGAGGGGUACCACUGCAGGUGUUCAAAGAAAGAUGCAAGAUGUGUACCCAAAUGCCCAUUACAUCCACUGCUAUGAACAUCAACUCAAUCUGAUAAUGCAACAGGCCACUUCUCACAUACCCAAAUUGCCCAUAGACUACCGACAGUCAGAUGGAACUUCCACAGCCGUGCCAUCAAUACAGUGUUUGAGCACAGAGAGGACCUCAUCCGCUGUUUUCAAACUAUACGAGACUCAGGUGACUUUGACCCUGUUACCGUCAGAGAGGCAGGAGCCUUUGCCAUGCUGUUGGAGGAUCAGGAUUUUAAGUUUUUUUCUGCAACUUUUCCACAACAUCAUGCCACAUGUGGACCUCCUCUAUGCCAAACUCCAGAAGGACGACAUAGAUUCAGUCCACAUCAGGGGGAGCAUCCAGCAGUUCCAGCAGGACAUACAGAAGAUCAGAAAUUCUCUCCAUUCCCUGGUUGACCAAAGCAGUGAAGGUGGUUCUCAACCGAAGAAGCAGCGGUCACUCAGUCCAGAGGUUCAUGAACGGAUUGCAGCAGAAGUCUGUGAUACCGUACUCAGACACACAUUGGAAAGGUUCCCCUUCACAGACCACCUCAUUAAUGCCACCUUGCGUCAAGCAGACAGGUUUGAACAGUACAAAAUGGUGUUUCCUGAAGAUGCACUGAGCAGGACUUUGAAGGCCUAUCCAGUGCUUGACGGGAGUAAGCUGAAGACAGAGCUUAGUCUCAUCUACUGCAAGGAAGAGUUCAGAGCCUGUUGUGGUGCUUUGGACCUACUCCAGCUGUUUAUGGAGAACAAUCUUGAGGAAGUCUUUUCAGAGACUGUAACUCUCCUAAAGAUUCUUGUAACCACACCCAUGACCACAGCAGAAGCUGAGAGGUGCUUCUCAACCUUGAAAAGAAUUAAGACUUUUCUGAGAAAUAGCAUGACCCAAGAGAGGCUGAAUGCAUUGGCCAUGCUGUCAAUGAAGAAGAGACUGUUGACUGAGAUGACUGACUUUAACCAGAAGGUCAUUGAGAAAUGUGCAAGCCAGAAAGAAAGGAGAGCAAAUUUUAUUUUCAAGUAG